AUGCUCUUUCGCCAGUACGGUAACGGACUGAUCGAAGGUGAAUGCCCGACGGCGGAUGGUGUAGUGCCGGCCAUCAAACAAAUCACACACGCACUCGAUAAGGAUUCACUAGAUCUUGGCCCGCUAGCUAGCCAUCUGAGAGAUGUUGUAGCUGAAAGGCUUGCAUGUAUCAUAGACGUCAAUCAUGAGGAAUUCGAUGGCACUUACAUCCAGGCAACAGCUCUCAAUCCUCAGUUGGCCGUGCUUUUAACAGAGCAGCAACUUUCUUACGCAAGAUCUGCAAUCGAACAGGAGCUACACUCACGCCAACCGACUCCUACGUCGUCACUCACCAUGGACGCACUUCUGGCGUCAGUUCUGUCAUCAUCACCUGAUUCUUUGCCCUUGUACACAGACCUUCUUCCAACAGGCCCAACGAUUGCAACAAGAACGCAACGCCCAGCCGAUGCGCGAUCGAAUCACCGAGGCUGCACUGUCGUCUAUUUUGGCAAGGUUGUAUGCAACGAUGUCCGACAUUCUGGCCACUUUGGCACAUCCUCGAAACUUCUUUCAAACAUACCUACGGCCACGGUGACCGCCGCGUCACUAUUAUCAUCACGUAGUGUGUCACCAUUCCAGAAACCGGAUCCAAUCCCGAUUCUCUCACAUCUUGAUAAACCGGAAAAACUCGAUCGAAACUUGUUACUUAGAUUUAAUCGGAAAUUUUAUACCAUAAAGCUUAUUAGAAAUAGAUUUUUACUAGAUACCUGA